AUGGAGCUGGGAAGGAAGUUCCUGGCAGAGGGAGAGGCUGGAGCUCGAUCUGUUUGCCUGAAGUUGAAGAAGACGAAGUGGCUUCCUCAACAGCUUGUCAAUGUGGAUGAGAAGGACCUCUACACGAAUCAUCCAUUGCCAGGCUUCAGAGAUAGUCAGGAGCUCUUCGCGAAGGAGGAAGAGCUGGUCCCUCCUGGAGAAGGUUGGAUUAGACACAGCCCUACCAUGCAGCUUGGCAGAACAUGUCCAGUGUACUUUGUGCAGAAGGGAGAGAAGGCUGGGAAGUAUUGUCGGCAGGGAGCACGACCUGGGGAAUGGGUGGAUAUUGAUCCGCCCCACGCUCCACAGGAGUACGACAUCAAAGUUCGAGCUGCGAGUGCAUCUUGUGUGCGCCGUGGGACGAAGUUUGACAGAGCAGUGACCCUCAACGAUGUCACAAAAAUCGCACGGCUCUCUUUGAAGCUGGCCUUGAGCUUUGUGGAUCGACCCGCAACUGGCUUUGCGCUUUUCCAGGGCUUGCGGACCUCCGAAGCGGCGCAGUGGUGUGCGGAGAACUUUCACAAAAAACUUCUUCCAAGAUUGGCUGAGAAGAUUCACGUCUACAAGACGGAGGAACUCCAGGAAGUCUUGGAGGCAACGCUGAAAGAACUAGACACUGAAGUCAUGAAGAGCGCCUUUCCAUUCAGCGGUUGUUCGGCCCUUCUCGCGCUUUUGCUUGGAAACCGCUUCGUGGUUGCCGGUGUCGGUGACUGCCGCGUCCUCCUGUUGGAGGGCGAGGGGAAGGGAGCUGGCUCUACACGGCUUUUGGACUGCGAGGGCCGCCUUGAUGACGAAGAAGAACAGCUGCGAUUUUGGCAGGCAGGUGGUAUGGUGGUGGAUGGCCUGUUGCACCACCAACAAGCCGACAAGCUGGAUGAUGCUAAGCGUAUCCUUUGUGCACCCAACGUGUUUGAUGUGCUCUUGGCGCCUGAUGAUGAGCUUGAUGUGAAGCAGGUGCGUGGGGCGUAUCGGAAGCUGGCAUUGAAAGUCCAUCCCGACAAGCAGAAGGACAAGGAUUCUGUAGAGAUGUAUCUCGGAGCAGGAGGGAAAAGGGAUGGUCCACCUUUCAUAGCGAAGUCCGUUGAGGGACACUUUUUGAUGCAAACGAAUCACGCUGUGAAAACAUAUGAGACUGUUGACAUACUUUGA